AUGAUCAAGACGGAUUUAGAUCCUGGUUAAAGACCAUAUAUUAUCACAUUAAAACCCCUCUGUGCAGUGAUUCAUUUUUAAAUGCAGUUGUCGUUUUUCCGUUCAACCCUAUAACCGUUUUGUGGCUACUCUAGUUCUGAUUGUUCUCAGGCCGACUUGGGUGAAAGUGAAUGUAACCAAAUGUAUCCCCUGCAGGCAAAGAGGAAGCUGGACCUGGAGGACCCUCUCUACCUACCUGAGUUCCGCACGCCCAAAGGCAAAGGAACUGCUGCUGCCAGGAUACCCAGUCCCAGAACUCCCAAGUCACCAGGCGAACGAACCCGCUACGACACCUCUCUGGGCCUGCUCACCAAGAAGUUUGUGGGUCUGAUCGCCGAGUCGCCCGACGGCGUGCUGGACCUGAACUGGGCCACUGAGGUCCUGGAGGUGCAGAAGAGACGCAUCUAUGACAUCACCAACGUGCUCGAGGGAGUCCAGCUCAUCCGCAAGAAGUCCAAGAACAACAUCCAGUGGAUGGUGGGAGGCGUGUUUGAGGGAGGCUCCGGUGGCGGGGAGAAGGCCCGGGCCCUGAGGCGAGAGCUGGGGGACUUGGAGAGAGCCGAGAGGGCCCUGGAUGACCUGAUCCACUCCAGCAGCGCACAGCUCAAACAGCUCACCGAACAGAAAGACAACCAAAGGUUGGGCUACGUGACGUAUCAGGACAUCCGCUCCAUCACCAGUCUUCAGGACCAAACCGUCAUCGCUGUAAAGGCGCCGGCCGAGACCAAACUGGAAGUACCGGAAUCGUCAGGGGGCUCACUGCAGAUCUACCUGAAGAGUAAGAACGGCCCCAUCGAGGUGUACCUGUGCCCUGAGGAGGGUCUGGACGACGCCAGCCCUGUGAAGAGCGCCCUCACGCCCAGGAAGGUGUACCCCCAGCCCAUUGGGCCCUCUUCAGCGUGCGCCAUGGUGCCCCAGAGCUCCACAGUCAAGGAGGAACCCAUGGAGGCCACCAUAUCCAUCACAGAACCCACCACAGCCCCUACCUCCUCCCUGGCUACGAGCGCCGUCUCCUCCUCCACCUCCACCCUGCUGGACGUGGAGGGCCUGCUGGGGCUUCCUCCCAGCCUGCUCCAGAUGACCGAGGACCAGCUGCCCGGGACCAACUUCGUGGCGGACCCCAACACCCCCUUCGUCAGCUUCUCCCCGCCGCUGGACCACGACGACUACCUCUGGAGCCUGGAGGACAGCGAGGGCGUGUCCGACUUCUUCGACACCUACGACCUGGGAGACCUGCUCCGGAGCUGA